ACCACCACAACAACACCUUCCACCACCCUCACCACAUACACAUCCAUCAUGUCUCUCAAGGACGACGCAUUCCCUUCCUCCGCCGCCUUCGACGCCAUCGCGUCCGCUCUCCAGAGCGACGCCGACCGCAAGGACGCCAUCAAGAAGGGCGGCGCCAUCUUCGCCUUCAACCUCAAGAACACCGCCGGCAAGGAGCAGGCUUGGUACAUCGACCUGAAGGAGACCGGCACCCUCGGCAAGGGCGCUGCCCCGGCCGGCAAGAAGGCUGGUGUCACCCUCAACCUCACCGAUGCCACCUUCUCCGACCUCGUCGCCGGCAAGGCCAACGCACAGAAGCUCUUCAUGAGCGGAAAGCUGAAGGUCAAGGGCGAUGUCAUGAAGGCCACCAAGCUCGACCCCAUCCUCAAGAAGGCCCAGAGCAAGGCCAAGCUUUGAACGACGAUGAUUGCCAUGUCAACGGAGAAGAACAGAAUGAAUUUUUCUUUCGGAGGACGGAGUUGCCGAGAGAGAAGUUCUUUUUUUUCUCAUCUACGAGGGAGAGAGAGAUCUAACCAUCAUUUCUCUCCUGUGUAUGUCUGAAUAGAUCACGUUCGAUGUAAAAAGCCCAACUUCUCAAUGCCG